AUGUCUGACGCUGGAGAUGACAUUCCUGUCGAGGUCGCCGCUGAGGUCGAGGUUUCCACCGAGGCCCCCAAAGGCAAACUUUCUGUUGAGGAUGCCCUUCAACAAGUUCUGAAGAACGCUCUCGUCCACGACGGUCUCGCUCGUGGCCUCCGCGAGUGCGCUAAAGCUCUUGACAAGCGCCAGGCCCAUCUCUGCGUGCUCGUUGAGACUUGCACCGAAGCCGAGUACAUCAAGCUCAUUGAGGCUCUCUGCGCUGAGCACAAGAUCAACCUCAUCAAGGUCGGAGAUGCUAAAGUCCUCGGUACCUGGGCUGGUCUCUGCAAGAUUGACCGUGAAGGCAACCCAAGAAAGGUCGUCGGAUGCAGCUGUGUUGUCGUUAAGGAGUACGGUGUUGAGUCUGAGGGCCUCCACGUUCUCCUCGACUACUUCAAGAACCGCUAA